CACUUAUUCGUGGAUUUGGUUCAUGCGCAUUCACGGUAAUAACACCAUUGGAUAGCAGCUGGUACAUCAUGAUGCAAAAGAGGGAUUCUCCCAGGAUCUGAAGGAAUUGUUUAACGCUUUACCCCGCGUCGCCAAGGAACAUAUUUUGGUCCGAUACAUUUUUGUUGUUGUUGUUGUUUUGUUCACUUUCAUUUUCACUCUUUAUUAAUUUUUUUCUCUCGGUUGUUUAUACAAAAAAAAAAAAAGAAAAAAGAAAUUGGUUUAUUAUCAAAAUCUGCGUGCAACUAAGGAAAUCUAAGCCCGUUGGAUAUUUUCAUUGUAGCAGAACGAAUCGUUUGGAUGAGCGCCUGACACACUGAGACAUAGACAUUCAUCACACGGACACAACUGAAGGGAGGCGAGCAGCAGACCAGCACUUAUCACCGGCGAAAACAGCACAGCAGCCCGCGGCACUCAGGAUGGGAUAUGCAAACAGGAGCAUAAGAGGAUACACUUUUCUGCUCUGGGUCGCCACGCUACUGCUGUUAGUGGAGAGCAGAAGAGGCAAACAGCCCAGAUGCCCCCCUGGAUGCACAUGCACCAAAGAUAACGCCUUGUGUGAAAACGUGAGAUCUGUGCCACACAGCUUCCCUCCCGAUGUCGUCUCACUAUCAUUUGUGAAGUCUGGGUUCACUGAGAUUGCAGGGGGAAGCUUUCUCCACACGCCAUCCCUUCAGCUUCUAUUGUUUACAGCCAACUCUUUCGACUCCAUAGAUGAAGAUGCUUUCCAAGGCCUGCCACAUCUGGAAUAUCUAUUUAUUGAAAACAACAAAAUUGAGUCGAUUUCACACCAUGCCUUUAGAGGUUUGAAAUCUCUCAUUCACCUGAGUCUUGCCUACAAUAAUCUUGAGACGCUGCCCAAAGAUAUUUUCAAAGGAAUGGAUGCCUUAACAAAAGUGGAUCUCAGAGGAAACAUGUUCAGUUGUGACUGUAAGUUGAAGUGGCUGGUGGAAUGGAUGUACAGCACUAAUGCAACAGUGGAUCAGUUAUACUGCAGUGGGCCUUCACCCUAUCAAGGGAAGAAGAUAAAUGACCUGGUGCCUCAGUCCUUUGACUGCAUUACAGCAGAGUUCGCUUUAAAGAAAACCCUUGCGUUUGAGUCCAUAUCUGUGGAGGCCUUUACGUUUGGGAAUGAUCAGUAUGUCGUAUACGCCCAGCCUUUCUCUGGAAAAUGCAGCUUUAUGGAAUGGGACCAUGUCAACAUGGAGUUCAGAGCUUAUGACACCAUAGAGAGCACUUCCACGGUAGUGUGCAAGCCAAUGGUCAUCGAUAACCACCUCUUCAUCGUAGUCGCCCAACUUUUCGGCGGCUCUCACAUCUACAAAAUGGACAGCUCUGCCAACAAAUUCAUCAAAAUCCAGGACAUCGACAUCCUGAAAAUCAGAAAACCCAAUGACAUCGAGACGUUCCGCGUGGACGGCGAGUUCUUCUUCGUGAUAGCGGACAGCUCGAAGGCCGGCUCCACCACGGUGUACAAGUGGAACGGCAACGGCUUCUACUCUCACCAGUCUCUCCAUCCAUGGUACCGUGACACUGACGUAGAGUAUCUGGAUAUCGCGGGCAAAGCCCACCUUAUUUUGUCUAGCAGCUCGCAGCGGCCCGUUAUCUACCAGUGGAGCAGAAGCCAGAAGCAGUUCGACAGACGGACAGACAUUCCAGAGAUGGAGGACGUCUACGCCGUCAAGCACUUCAAGGUGAAGGGGGAGCUGUUUGUCUGUCUGACGCGCUUCAUUGGCGACUCCAAGGUGAUGAAGUGGGACGGCUCCAUGUUCACAGAGAUACAGACAAUGCCCUCGCGGGGAUCCAUGGUCUUCCAGCCCGUCUCCAUCGGCAACUGGCAGUACGCCAUCCUAGGCAGCGACUACUCACUAACGCAGGUCUAUCAGUGGGACACCAAGAAGGGCCAGUUUGUGCACUUCCAAGAGCUCAACGUCCAGGCGCCCAGAGCAUUCUCGCUGGUGUCCAUUGACAACCGAGAGUUCCUGCUGGCCUCCAGCUUUAAAGGGAAGACGCAGAUCUACGAGCACUUGAUGAUCGACCUAAGCAGUUAGGGUGCCGAGAAAUGCAGAGAACCAGACCCUGACACAGACGGGCCUAUUGUGAAGCUACAUGCAUGAUCUAGCCUAGCGCUAAUAAUAAUAAUUCCAGAUGAAUGCCUCUCUAGAAACGCCCUUUGUGUCUUUUUCUCUGUUGUCACCAUCUGUUCUGCACUUUUCAUUUUUCCUGGGUUUUUGUCUCUUUCAACAAAAGCUGUUGUUAACAUAUUCUCACGCUUGCCAUGUAGUCACUAAAGAGGUAUAAUAAGAAAACAACAAAGGUCAAAUCAGUUAACUGUUGACGUAAUAACAAUCUGCCAAAUAAACUGUUUACAUUUUUACGGUGAUGUAAAAAGCCAUUUUUAACUUUUUUAAACAAAAUCGACCAGUUUAACCACAUUGGGUGAGAUAGAUUUGAAGCUUGUUUUAACUCAGUUUCUUUUAAUAAUCAGAUUGCAAUGAACUUAGACUUAGAUUUCAGUUAUCGAGGAAAAGUAAAUGUGGGAAGGAAGGUUAGUUGUUUACUGGUAC